AUGGGGUGGGAAGUCUACAUGAACUUGAUAUGUCCAAAAUGCUCGGCGGAUGCCAUCGAUAAAUUCGGCGUACUUUGCAAAACGGAUCGUAUCGAUGGUAGCAAGCACUUGGGGAGGACAAACAGAUUUCAUAAGACGUUCGACGGCGCCUAUCGACCCCAGAUAUCGCUGUGCGGCUACGGCAUCGGGGCAGGUAACCGCUAUCUCCGCGCGCUUCCAUAUCUCCAAGCUACCCCGCACUCCCGCAGUCUCCGCUACUAUCCUGGUUGGCUUGGCGCUUGGCACCCCACAACCAGAAAGCACUCCCGUUCCAUCUGCAACGCUGUAGAUAGAAUUUUCAUCUAUCAAUACCUGGAGGACCUAGACCGCAACCCGUACAACGCCGGCAUCACCGCCGGUCUGCUCUGGGCCCAGCCCACGCUGUGCCAACAGCCCUUCGAUAUCCGGAAGCCUGUUGGGGCGUUAACGCCAGUCUUGCCUUCGCUCACUCGGUGCUGUUCCAACAGCAAAACUCACAGGAUCCUCGCCUUAACACAUUGUCAGAAGCGCGAAGGGCCCAUGGAGGCAGUCUUCCACAAGUUCAAGGAGAGGGAGAGGGAACUUAUGCUUGAAGACGAGGGCCAAAGUCACACCAUCCUCGUGCAUGCUGCUAGCAAUACCUAUCCUUUCAGCUACGGUAACGUCUCACUCCUGCACGACUUAUUACUCCUCGCCUCAACGAACGCGAAUAACCGCUGGAUAUCCCUAGACCCGCUGCGCUGUCAACCCACGACAGGCAUCAACACCGGCUUGCCUACUGCCCGCCACUCGCCAUACCAACAGCCAGACUACACGAUUCUCGCCUCGACACAUCUAUGCGCAUUGACUUGUCGACUUGGUGGAUGGGAAGAGAAGGUCUGGAAACCUGGACACAAGGCUAUGCAGAAGGCCGGCGCAAUGUUUGAACGGAGAGCAGUCAACUUGACUUCAAGAGGGAAGCUACAUGGGGUUGCGGUGGAUCGGGAGAAGGUCGCGAAGCAGGCUACCGAUAAUGCCACAUGA